AUGUUAAAUUUGAAAGUAGCUGCCACGAAGAAUGAUUUGAAGGAAGCCGCAAUGAUCGAGCAGCGUCGCAAGUUCGAAGAGGAGCGAAAAAAGCGGAUUUUUAACGCAAAAGAACGCGUUAUUGGCAUCGACAAGCGUGAUUUGGAGCAACAAAUUGCCGAAAAGGAACGUUUGGCCCAACAAAAAGCCGAAUUAGAGCAAAAAUAUUUGGCUUAUCAGGACCAAGUCACUGCCGUGGUCACGGAAAAGGAACGAGAAAUGCGUUUAGAGAAGCAACGAAUCCAAAAUGAGCUGAACGAGUAUCGCGCCAAGUUCCAACGCCCCGAAGAUCGUCGCGAAUGGGACUUGUACGAUCCACGCGGGAAGAAAAAAGACCUUCCAGCUCGUUUAAACGACACAGAUCCACGUCUCACGAUUUCGUCGGCGCAAAAAUUCGAAGGCGAAGAUCUCUCGAGCGAGGAACGUCGCAAAGCUCAAAUCGAACAGCAACGCGCCUGGCUUCUGCAACAAAUGCGUGAGAAAAAAGAAGCAGAAGAAGCCCGCAAAGAAGCCGAACGCUUGGAAAUGGAAGCUUUAAUCGCUCGCGAAGCCCGAACUCUCGAAUUGCAACGCACCGAACGCGAAGGAAAGCUAAAAAUGCUCGCCGCUGUCACGCAAUUCAACAAAGAGCUCGCCAACGAGCAAGAAAAUCGUCGAAAAAUCAAAGAAAUCCAGGAGCAAGAGGAUAAUUUGGCGGAACAGCUGAAUCACAUCACGAGCGAUAUUCUCACCGAAGCGCCAGACGCGGAAAAAAGCAACUUUGGACCGCAUCGAAUCAUCCCGUAUUCCUAUCGACGCAUGACGCAGGAGCAAAUUGACGAGUUGAAGGCAAAACAAAAGGAACAACUGCAUGAAAGGCAAAAAUUAAGAGAUGAACAGAAGGCUAUCGAAGACAAAUGGGACCAAAUGACGGAAAAUCAGCUCAGGACAUUGUCGUUGAUCGAACGGGACGAGAUGCGGAAGAGACAUUACGAAUUGGCGCGGAUGCGACAAGAAAAUGAAAAACUUGCGGAUGAGCAGAAUCGCGAACGGGAAUUUAUCGAGAAGAAAGUUUACACGAAUGAACCUACGGAUGAGUAUUACGGAAUGUUCAAUACCACAUCGCGUUAG